CUCUGAGGAAAUCACCGAGUUAAAAAUACUUUAGUUGUAUUUUUAGCGUAGCUAUCGCACAGAACAACAUUUGAACCUUGGACCCCUUUAUAGUUCUGUACACUGUGGAUCAUAUGAGUCUCUUCUGUCAGGUUCAAUAGAAAAAGCUCCAGUUUUUAAGAGGAAUGGAUCUAACUAUUUCAGAGAGCCUCUUCAACACCGUAGCCGAGUCUCUUUACAACGAAGGAGCUCUGAGGCAGGCCAAACUGGUGACCAAUGCAUCUGCGAAGACAAUUUUCAAAACUCUGCAGUUUUUCAGGCAACCACUCGGGCUGACGAAAACUCUCUUCAUUGAAGUGGGACUCUCUGAAGCGCCAAAUUUCAACAUCAGACAACAGGAUGGCAUCACGGUCAACGCCAGAGCCAGAGUCCGAGUGUUCACAGUGAAGACGUCAAACAAGAUCAGAGCCUCCAAAAAACAGAAAAAUCUCCUCUCUGUGUCAGCGAUGUUUAGGGUUGCAGCGGAGGUUGCUAUUCAAGGACAGCAUCUGACUCUCCUUUCACAUCAAGUCCUCUGUACCAUUGUUACCAAAAACAAGUUCAGAGAUGCUCUGGCGAAGAAUUUGAACUAUUUUCUGACGAGUAAGGUGGAAGAAUUAAUUUGUGGCCGCUUCACAAAAGACUUACAGAUCCCUCUUCCUGAAGUAGUGAACUUCACUCAGGGACAGAUCAACUAUUAUGAUGGCUUUGUGACGGUCCGGGGAUGUUUGGAUGUCACUCCAGCUGCAGCGAAGAAGGUCAAGAAGAAAUUUGAAGAAAUAAUGAAGAAAGUAUAAAGACUCGAUCCAUUUUUGGUAGCCUUUGGACUCUCCUGCAUUUAUUCAUUGCUUUAUAAAGGGGAUGUGUGGCUUCAGAGAACUUUUACGGAUAAAGGAAAGGAAGGGAAUCCAGGACUGCUUUAUACAAAGGGAACCACCUCUGAUCAAAGAUGAUUUUUCAAGCUCCACAAGACUGCUUCUUUGACAACUCUCAGCGGAAACAUUGCUGUCUUUAAAGGAAAAAAUGGACAACUGACAGUAAGCAGCAGGAGCAAAGGCACAAAAACCUAUCUUUGAGUUUUUGUGUUCUUCCUAUUUUUCUAUCCUGUUUUUUAAAUGCUUUCUCCAAACUAUUUUCAUGACAGCCUCUCAUUAUUUAUUUUCAAUACCUUCUUAAAGCAAACUUUAGCAACAGAUCUUCUGAUUUUACUUGAAAUUCAGUCCAAACUUAAAUUUAACUUUCUCAAAUACUUUACAAGUAACUGAAGCCAUUUAGAGUUGUUUUUAAUAGAUUUUAUGUCUUAAAAUGUUUAUUAUCUGUAAAUAUUUUAUAUCUUUCCUGAUUCAUUUUUACUAGGACUGGGCGAUUAAUCAAAAAUUAGACUAUAUCACAAUAUGGCCUGCUGCAAUAUUCAAAUCGCAGAAAGUGUAAUACUUUUGUAACCUGAAAUUUGUGUCAAAAUGCCAGUUUAAAACAUUUUUUAGCAAAGAUGUUAUGCAUUACAUAUCAUGCAGUCAUUCAAGAACCAUUUUUUUAAAAUAGGCUACAAAAAAGUUGUAUCUUCUUCAUUUUUGCACUUUCUUUCUCAUCAAAUAUGGGAUGACAAAAAAUAUAUAAUUUCCUUUAACACAACAAUCCAUUUUCAUACAAGUAAAAAUAUUCAGAACGAGCUUUUUAAUGUUCAGCCCAUGUUUAAUCUAAUAUUUUGUUGGUUAUAAUAUAGAAUAAGUUAUUGUUUGUGUUUGUUGGAAAAUGCAUUCGAUGAGGAUAAUAAGAAAUAAUAGCACAUCAAAUUGCAGAACUGGAGGAAAAAAAUUGCAAUUAGAUUAUUUUCCUAAAUGUCAGCCCUAAUUUUUUACCUGAGUUUGAAACUGGCUCUGUCAUUAAUGGCCAUAUUGUAUGUGUCUGUGACAGUCUGAGCAAAAACAGCCAAUCAGAGCCCUUUAAAAAAUGCAGAAAACACACAGGAAUCAAUAUGAUCAUAGUAUUCAGUCAUAUGACUGCAGGGCAUCUGGAGGGCAAAAAAGGUUAGGACAGUUGCAGCUACAAUUUUGUUGAAUGUUUUCAGAAGUUUUUGAUGUGCAUGGCGCCCAUAGUGUUCAUCUUAGACAUCCUCUCUGCCUUCACUAAAGCAUUUGUGCCAUUUAAACACACGUGCAUGUGACAUGUAGUGGUCCCUGAACGCCUCAGUUAAAGUACUAAAAGAUUCAGCUGCUGUUUUGUUCAAUUUCACAGGAAAUUUUAAAGUUAAUGCAUUGCUCAAAUUUUUAGCUAAUCAUUUUCCGCCUUAGCAAAAACGUGAACUUCAGUCAGUAGCUAGCAGUGGGAUAAAGGCGCCACUCAUUGGAAACUAACAGCAGUUAACCUUUACUACUACAUCACAUGCUUUUAUCCCCAUAGGUAUGGAGGACUGAGAGUGCCAAAAUGAAAUAUAUAAUUCAUUAAUUAAUUAAAUGUGUCAUGAAUUAAUUAAAUGUGCCAUUAAUUAAUUAAAUGUG